CUGCUCUCUGUGUCAUUUCAGCUUUCGAAUCGUCUCUUGUCGGUGCAAGCGGUCAGUUUACAGCAGCAGCAGGUGGCCAGUGCGCAAUCUUUCGACGAUCAGUCGACGUCAUCGAAUAUACGCAGAAAUAUCAAUCGGGUGUAUCUGAGUGGAACAGUAACCACUAAGCCAUUUUUCGGUACGUCAAGAAAUGGUGUCAGAUUUAGCGCCGUGCGAAUCGUAACGAAUUCAUUUGGAGGUCAGUACGAUUUUCGAGUGCGAUUAACGACACGAACCUCAGUGGCGUAUUGCAGAGAACAUGUGCAUGAAGGUUCGCGUUUAUUCGUGUUCGGCCGCCUCGCAACUUUUCCACGAAUCGCUGCAGAUGGUACUCAGGGAACCAGUGGAUCGAUAAUCGCAUCACGCAUCUCGGUGGAGCAGGGUUCCGUGGUGCCUGAGGAGGAGCAUUUCGAGGACAUUGACCUGUCUGCUGCCGAUGAUGAUUUCGAGCAAACCGCCGGUGCACAGAAAUGA